AUGGAUAGUGGAUUUUACAUUGAAAAUAACAUUUCAGAUACAUCAUUUAAUAGACUUUCAUAUGUUGAUGAACUCUGCCAAUAUCAUACUUCCUUAACAUCAGAUAAUUUCACAGUCCCUCAAUAUUUACUUCCUCUUCCAAGAUCACGAUUCACAUUAUCAAGUUAUUUAGGUAGAAAGCAAAAUGUUCCAAAAGAAGAACCACCAAAACCGAUUCCACCACAACAAUCAGAUCAGAAUUCUCAAUAUAAUGAAUCAAUCGAGAACAUCGCGGCGUUUUCUGCAAGUGAAGAUGAAAUUGAUCAGAAUGAUCAAGAUUAUUUAGAAAAAUAUGUUGAAAGCGUUGAUCAACUCGAAAAAUUAUACGAAACAAUCGCAUCAUCACUAAAUAUAAGUUAA